UGGCGCUUCCGCGUUGGGACCCGGCGGCGGAUCCCGGGACGCGGAGACCCGGGGUCCCGGCAGCGGGGCGGCCCCUGGGCCCAGGGCGGGGAUGCAUCGCCGCGGGGUGGGAGCCGGCGCCAUCGCCAAGAAGAAGCUUGCCGAGGCCAAGUAUAAGGAGCGAGGCACUGUCUUGGCUGAGGACCAGCUGGCCCAGAUGUCGAAGCAGUUGGACAUGUUCAAGAGCAACCUGGAGGAAUUUGCCAGCAAGCACAAGCAGGAGAUCCGGAAGAAUCCCGAGUUCCGGGUGCAGUUCCAGGACAUGUGUGCCACCAUUGGGGUGGACCCUCUGGCCUCUGGAAAAGGCUUUUGGUCUGAGAUGCUAGGUGUGGGGGAUUUCUAUUAUGAGCUGGGUGUCCAGAUUAUCGAAGUGUGCCUGGCCCUGAAGCACCGGAAUGGAGGUCUGAUAACUCUGGAGGAACUGCAUCAACAGGUGUUAAGAGGAAGGGGCAAGUUCGCGCAGGACGUCAGCCAAGACGACCUGAUCAGGGCCAUCAAGAAACUGAAGGCGCUGGGCACGGGCUUCGGCAUCAUCCCUGUGGGCGGCACCUACCUCAUUCAGUCUGUUCCGGCUGAGCUCAACAUGGAUCACACGGUGGUGCUGCAGCUGGCCGAGAAAAAUGGCUACGUGACCGUCAGUGAUAUCAAAGCCAGCCUUAAAUGGGAGACCGAGCGAGCGCGGCAAGUGCUGGAACACCUGCUGAAGGAAGGGCUGGCCUGGCUGGACCUGCAGGCCCCAGGGGAGGCCCACUACUGGCUGCCGGCUCUCUUCACUGACCUCUACUCCCAGGAGAUUACAGCCGAGGAGGCCAGAGAAGCUCUCCCCUGACUCCACGAGUGCAGAAGGGGCCCCCACGGCAGGCAGGGACAGGGUGGAGCUGCUGGUGAAUAAAACCUGAAUCACUUUUUUCUUUUUUGAAAAGAAAGAAAAAGUUCCAAGUUUUUUCUCUCCUCAAGACUCUUCACCCAUGAUUUUAUUUUAAAGUGCCUUCACAUUGCAUCUUUAUUGGAGAAAACCUCAUUUUAUCCAGUAAGGAUAACCUGAGUAACAGAGAACAGUGAGCGUGUACGAAAUGACGAAAUGACCUGCACAGGUCAUCUACAAGUUCAUGGUAGAGCUGGGUCUACAACGAAGGUGGUCUGUCUCCUGGCUAGACAGUCUAGUUUCUCUGUAGCCCUGGGAUGUACAUUAUAGCCCGCUAAUUCAAACCUUGUCCUUAUAAAAAUGUUUAUCUCAAACGAGCAGACCCUGAUGGACCAGUAAUAGCCACUCGUUCAGUCUCCUCCAGCUUCCUCUAGAACUUCCAGGUUCUGACAGACUUGGCCGAGUGUGAAGGAAAUAGAGGUCAAAAUUAGGUGGUGGUUAGAGGAAAGAAUCUAUGGAACCUGGGGGAGUGGCCCAGCAGUAGACACAGUCGUCGAGUUCCGCACCAGCUCCCCUCCUGUGCUGAUCGCUAGGUCCCCCUGGCCUUAGCGGCGGGAAGGGCAUCAUUUACUGAACACCUACCCUGGACCAUCUUCUCGACCCUUAAUCCUCACGGCCACUUUCACCGGUUCAGGGAGUAGGUUCUUACUGUCUUGGGUGAGGAACUGAAGUAGUUCACCGGGGGCCACCAGCUUCGGAAGCAAAGCGAAGAGCCAGAGCCUAAGUCCACUGCCGCGUGGGCCUUCACUUUCCUACAUCCCGGCUGGCCCAGCACAGGCUGGCCGGGUAUCUCGGACUGUCUUCCUAGCCGCGGGGUCAGCCAAGAGGAAAAGAAAAGCCUCGGCGCCUGAAAGCCAGAGCCCUUCUUUAGCAAGUAGGGAAGGAAGGUGGCUGUAUGAAGCUGUCUUCGUGGUCUGAGUGCUGAAUUCCUAAGAGCUGGUUUAGAAGCAGAAAUCUGAAAACCCAGUAGGGUUUGGAUUAUCCAGGACUUAAAGACGCCCUUUCCUUACCCAGAGAUACAGUCUAGAUCUGCCUGUCCUUGGAGGACAUGCUCCCUUCCCAGUUUGUGAAGAAGGCGCUCUUUGGAAGCAACUAAGACCAAGAUGGCAUUCCUCUCCUUGACUGCCAGAGGUGGUCUCAAAAAAGGCCCUUCUACUUCUGGUUGGCGGGACACUCGGCCCCAGCAGCCCUGCUUCCACCCGUGUCCUGUAACCGGAGUUUCCAGCCUCCAGACAAUGCAUCGAACACUUUCUCCCUGACAGUUUCAGACCUAGGUGAGAGGUGUGGUUGUUGAGAAUCCCAGUCUCCCUUGACACAAACCCUCCCACACCCACAGGCGCUUCCUCCUUCUGCCAAAACAAACUUUAUUGCACCAAAAAGAAAAAAAAAAAAA